AUAUAUUUAAUAUUUGUCCAUAGAAUUUUACUUAUUUGUGGAAAUAUUAUUAGCAAUGUACAAUGUUAAUGCUUUAAUGUUUAAUUAGAAUUGGAUUAAAGGGAAUUUGAAAAUACAUUGAAAUAUGCAGCCAUUCGUCCAGUAGCACUUGCAUUAAAUCGAAAUUCAAUAAGUAGCAAUAUCGACCCAGAUCUCGCCACGUGCAGAUUGCUGCAUCUGGAAACCUACAGGCUAGCGGUGACUCUACUUUAAAACCCGCGAUAUCAGAUUGACAUGCCACUUAUUGAAAAUUCUGGCUCCUAACGUUAACUCGAAGUGACUUGCUUUCCACUUACGGAUAGCAAGACCGUCAUAACAUUAAAAGUUUCAAUCACUACAAAACACGAUCGUCCAUGCUUUUUGAAUUUCGAAAAAUAAAACGAAGUCUACGGUAUGACUUAUUCGCAUCCGCGUAUAAUAUGUUUAUGCGAACGUACUAUUGUUUAAAUAUAAUAUAUAUUAUGUUUCAUAUAUAUAACAUUUAAUUGUUUAAAUAUGUAUAAUAAGAUUGUUUAAAUAAUUAUGAAAAUUAUUCUUAAGACUUAUUAGCAUGGACGACUGAAUCUUUAUUUUCUUAUUUUUAUCAUAAAUUCAUCAGUCGAAAAUUCAUUAAAAUGCCUGAAUAAUACAAUGGCCUGUUUUUAAGUAUGGCGAAACGCAUUUUCUUGCGUUUGAAAUGACUUAGAAAAUUUGAGCAUCGAUUAACGCAUACAAAACAAGCAAGCAAUCGGCUAUUUCACGAAAACAAACUAUAUAUCAUUCUAUCGCGUUUAUAAGAAAAUUAGUAAUAAAGGUAGAUGUUUCUUUUUUGUGCUACAAAGCUCCAGGGAUCUAAUAUAAGAAAUUUUUUUUUUAACGAUAAAUGUCGAAAAUAGCAUUUACGGCAUUUAGUUCAGAUAUAAUUCUUGAAAAAUUUUGGUGAACAAGAUGAAAAGCUUUAUUUUUAUAUAUAAACUGUUAUCGAAAAAAUACCAUUUUAUAUUCAUUCAUUAUUUAUAUUCUAUUAUCUAUAUUCAUUUCUCCAUUAUAAUAAUGUUAUUAUAUUCGAAAAUUAUGUGAUCACGGCGGGUAAAUAGGUAACCAAUCAAAACAUAGUUACCUUGUUGCACUUUUCACUAUGAGGUUAUGUACAUUUAAAUCAAUUCGUGUAUUAUUUAUACUGUAACGAAUGUGUCUUUUUAAGUGUAUAUAAUAUUUUUUCUUUAAAAGAAAAUAUUUUUUUGAAUCAUUUAUAAUGCGAAUAUUGGAACUAUAUAGCGGUAUUGGCGGAAUGCAUUAUGCCUUUCGAGAAAGUGGAGUGGUUGGAAAUGUUAUUGGUGCAGUGGAUAUAAAUCCUAUUGCCAAUAAUGUAUAUAAACAUAAUUUUCCAGAAGUCUUACUCAUGAACCGCAACAUUGAAUCUAUAAGUGAAGAGGAAAUUAUAAAUCUAAAUAUAAAUAUGAUACUUAUGAGUCCUCCUUGUCAACCAUUUACUAGAGUAGGAUUGCAAAAGGACAAAUUAGAUAACAGAUCGUGUUCACUGUUUCAUCUUUUACAAAUUAUACCAAAAAUUUCAUCUUUGAAGUAUAUAUUAUUGGAGAAUGUGAAGGGAUUCGAAAACUCAGAAACAAGAAUAGAAUUACUGAAGUGCCUUAAAAAUUGCAAUUUUAAUUAUAAGGAAUUAAUUUUAAGUCCAAAUCAAUUUGGUAUUCCAAAUACCAGGCAUAGAUAUUAUUUGCUUGCUAAGAAAAAAGGUUUAAAAUUUUGUUUCGAUGAUUCUGUAUUAGACCAUAGCCUUUCUCAAAGAUUAAUGACACUUCUUCCACAAAGUAAACAUAAACUGCUUAUAGAAAAAGAUCAUGUAGAUAAUAUGGAAUGCGGUAUUAUCUGUUAUAAAUUAAAACAUAUUUUAGAAACUUGUGAAGAAUCAUUAUACUUAAUUCCUAGAAAUAUUCUACAGAAACGAGCUACACUGUUAGAUAUAAGAACAGCAGAAAAUUUUGGAUCUUGCUGUUUUACAAAAGCUUAUGGACACUACAUUGAAGGUACAGGUUCUGUAUAUUGUCCAUUUUCAGAAGAAAUAGUACAAAAAAGACUUAUUGAAUCAACCAAAUAUGAAAAAUAUUCAGAAGAUCAAUUACAACUUUUUUUAUCUUUGAAGUUAAGAUAUUUUACACCAAAAGAAGUGUCUAGGUUAAUGUGUUUUCCAGAAGAUUUUACAUUUCCAAAUAGUACAACAAUUAAACAAAAAUACAGAUUAUUAGGUAAUUCAAUUAAUGUUGAUGUAGUUAGCAAAUUAAUAUUUUUAUUAUGUACUAAAGAGAAUGAGAAUAUAUGAGAUAUUUAUUUAAAUAAAAGUAUUUGUGAGUUACAAAUUA